UCAAGUCUGUGGCAGAUUGUACAAUCGGCUGAUCACGUCGAUCCCGCGGCCAGCCUCACAUCCCCGUGUACAGAGGACAUGAUUUAUAAAUGCUCGUCUGCUUCAACUUGAACAAAACCUCACCACCUCACCAUCUCAUUCAAGUCCUUUCUACUUCUUCCUCUGGCUAGUCCAUUCAUUCGCUCAUUCUUCUAUUGGCUUCUUUGCAACUUUCGCUCUCUUAUACUACUUCCGCUAGUCGCAAAUACUCCUACUACUUGCAAAGAUGCAUUCCUUCAAAACUGUUCUUGCUCUUGGAGCUCUCCUGCCCGCAUUCCUUGCGCAGGCCAGCAAGAUUAUCCGUACUCGCAACGAGCACACCAUUCCCGGCUCGUGGGUGGCCCGUAUUGAAGAGAAUGAAGUACUCGAGGCUGUUCUCUCCACUGUCCUUGAGGCUGCUGGUAUCGAGUCCAAGGAAACCUACUCUGUUGGAGGUGUCAAGGGCUUCACCUUCGACGCCGAUGAUACCAUCCUAGAUAUGCUCGAGAGCAUGGGAGCCAUCAAGUCCGUCGAGCCUGACUACAAGAUGUAUGCUUCCGUCCCGGUUGGCAGCUUGAACGCGCGCCAAACCAACGGUACUCUUACUACUCAGAAAGGCUCCCCCUAUGGCCUGGGACGCAUCUCCCACCGUGAGCCUGGCACUCGGGACUACGUUUUUGACAGCUCUGCUGGCGAGGACACCUUCAUCUAUGUCAUCGACACUGGUGUUAACACCGAGCACACCGACUUCGGCGGCCGUGCCACUCUCGGAAAGAGCUUCAUCUCCGGAUCUGAUGGCGAAGAUGACCAAGGCCACGGCACCCACUGCUCUGGAACCGCCGCCGGCACCAAGUUUGGUGUAGCUAAGAAGGCCAACAUCAUCGGUGUCAAGGUCCUCGGCGCAGACGGCUCCGGCAGCAACUCUGGUGUCCUCAGGGGCAUUCAAUGGGCGGUCGAUGAUGCCACCGAGAAGGGCCACAUCAACCGCACCGUCCUCUCCAUGUCUCUCGGCGGCCCCUUCUCCCAGACCACCAACGAUGCCAUCCAGUCCGCCGUCGAAGCCGGAGCUUUCGUCGCCGCUGCCGCCGGAAACGAAGGCGAAGACGCAUCCAACUCCUCCCCCGCCUCCGCACCCCAAGCCUGCACCGUCGGCGCCACCAACGAGCGCGACCUCAAGGCCUCCUUCUCCAAUUUUGGCAAGCUCGUUGACAUCUUCGCUCCCGGAGAGAAGAUCCAAAGCGCCUGGAUCGGCAGCUCCACCGCUACCAACACCAUCAGCGGAACUUCAAUGGCUUGCCCCCACAUUGCUGGUCUUGCUGCCUACCUUAUUGCGCUUGAGGGCCCCCGCUCUCCUACUGCCCUAUGCAAGCGCAUCCAGGAGCUUGCUACCAAGGACGCUAUCACUAACUUGAGGGCUGGAGAGGGUAGCCCCAACCUCAUUGCUUACAACGGCAACGGCGCGUAAACAUCUUUUACGCUCACUGAUUUUUUGUGUGGUGCGGACCAGCUAACCGUGGAUCGGUGUGCUUGGGAGAACUAAGGAUAAUGUAUUUGUGAGGACCUUUUUGUACAUUUUCUUUGCCAUGGAUUUGAUGGCUUUCUGUGGAUAUUUUGGGGACUUGAGGAUUGAGUGGAGUGAAUACAUAUACCUUUUGGUGUAACUUUGUUACAAGAAUACAAUGGAAUGCCAUG